CCCUCGCCCAGGAGGCUCAGAUGGGCUUCAGGACUCCGGCCAAGGACACUGGCUGGGCCAAAGCCACCCAAGGCAGAUGGGGCAGCCGUGGGCAGCAGGCAGUUGGAGAGCAGCACAGUGGAGCGUGGCUUCCCCAGGGCCCAGGCCUCCCUGCCCAGGGCUGCCUCGCGGCCCACCCCGUGUCAAGGGCAGACCACAGCACCCCAGCAAGACCUGCAACCCGCUGCCCCCCUGGGGCCUGAGAACCAUGCUGACCUUCUGCUGGCUGGUCCUUGCCCUCCUGUCCGUGCUGAGUUUGGCUACCCAGGACUUCAAGCUUGUCAAGUGCUUUGAGGACCCCCAGUAUGAAGAACUGGUGCAGCUGGCCCGAGACGGGCUGGGGAAGAUGGCUGAGAGGAAGAGGAUUGUCGUGAUUGGGGCUGGCAUAGCCGGGCUCACCGUGGCCAAGACCCUGCAGGAAGCUGGCCACCAGGUGCACGGCCGGGCUCAGGAUUGUCCCUCUGAGCAGAGGGCCGACCCCGGGCCGCUGGGCUACCCGGUCAGAGCAGAAAAGGGCAAGACGGCUGAGCAGCUCUUCCUGCAGUCUCUGUGGAAGGUGAGCCCACGAGGGCCGCUGCCGCCGUGGGGCCACCUCUGGUGA